AUGGAUGACAUGAUAGAUGAUAGAAUCAGCUCUGACAGUGGUCUUUCUGAUGACCAGAACAAUGGGAGGAAGCGAAGAAAGCUGUCGCCAUCUGCUCCGUCCUCGACCCUGACAGCAACCGCCUCUCGUAUCAAGAAGAAGACAGACACAAAGACUCCCACAACAGCAGAGGUACCUCCUCCCGAUAGUACCACAGAAAAAACUACAUUUUCCUCAAUUGGUGUUGCACCUUGGUUGGUUGGCGCUCUAGGGGCUAUGGAAAUCAGGAAGCCCACCGGGAUUCAGAAGGCCAGCAUUCCCGAGAUACUGAAGGGGCGGGACUGUAUUGGAGGUUCGCGGACAGGUACGGGUAAAACCGUGGCAUUUUCUGUGCCGAUUCUCCAGAAAUGGUCAGAGGAUCCAUGCGGCAUAUUCGCAGUGAUCAUCACUCCCACGAGAGAGUUGGCCAUCCAGAUUUACGAACAGGUCAAAGCCAUCGGCUCGCGGCAAUCUCUGAAAGUGAUACUCAUCACUGGAGGAGCAGACCAGCGGGAGCAAGCGCUUCAAUUAGGCUCACGUCCACACGUAGUCAUUGCCACCCCCGGACGUUUAGCAGAGCAUAUUCGAACUUCUGGUGAAGAUACCUUUUGCGGCCUCAGGCGGGUACGCUUCGUGGUUUUCGAUGAAGCCGAUCGUCUGCUUUCGCCCGAAGCUGGCAUGCUUCCAGAUCUGGAGACAAGUCUAUCGGUUCUACCAAAACCUGAACAACGACAGACUCUGCUUUUCACAGCCACAGUGACACCAGAAGUGUUGGCUCUGAAAGAACGUCCUAGGCCCGCUGGUAAACCUCCUAUAUUCGUUUGCGAGGUCGACACGCAAAUGCUGGCCAUUCCACAAAAGCUCCAGCAAAUGUUUAUCCAAACGCCUGUUACGCACAAAGAGUGCUAUCUGCAUGUGUUGCUUGGUACACCAGAGAACCUCAAGAAGUCGGUCAUCAUAUUCUGCAAUCGGACACAGACGGCCACACUUCUUGAGCAUAUGCUUCGACUUCUCGACUGGCGUGUGACCGCCCUCCACUCCGGACUGAAACAGUCUGACCGUGUCAGUAACCUUGCGAGGUUCCGCGCUCAAGCGGCUCGGAUCCUGGUUGCUACCGACGUUGCAGCUCGAGGUCUCGAUAUUCCGGAGGUCAAGCUUGUCAUCAACUACGACAUCCCCCGCGAUCCUGACGACUACAUUCACCGUGUCGGUCGUACGGCCCGUGCUGGACGAGUGGGUCACAGCGUUACCUUUGUAGGUCAGCGCGACGUCAACUUGAUCCACGCUAUCGAAACUCGAGUGGGCUCAGAAAUGAAAGAAUACGAAGAAGAGGGCGUCAGUGUGGAGGGCAGAGUAGUGAGGGAUGCCCUGAAGCCUGUUACCGAGAAAAAGAGGGAGGCUAUGCUGCAAAUCGAGGAAGGCAGGGAUGUGCUUGGAAGAAGACAGCCUGGCAUGCAGAAACGACGUGCAUGA